AUGGAACAAAGGAACUUCACAAGAAUUACAGAAUUUGUCCUUCUAGGAUUUUCUGAGGAACCAGACGUGCAACCAUUCUUAUUUGGACUCUUCUUGUCCACGUACCUGAUCACUGUGCUGGGGAACCUGCUAAUCAUCCUGGCAGUCAUCUCAGACCCCAACCUACACAUGCCCAUGUACUUCUUCCUGUCCAACCUAUCCUUUGUGGACAUCUGUUCCAUCUCCACCACCAUCCCCAAGAUGCUGCAGAAUAUCCAGACACACAGUAAAUUUAUCUCCUAUGAAGCCUGCCUGACACAGAUGUCAUUUUUCUUGCUCUUCGCAGGACUGGAGAACUUCCUGUUGACUGUGAUGGCCUAUGACCGCUUUGUGGCCAUUUGUCACCCCCUGCACUACACCGUCAUCAUGAACCCCCGACUCUGUGGGCUGCUGGUUCCGGUGUGCUGGGUCUCAAGUUCAUUACAUUCCUUGCUCGAAACCUCAAUGGUGUUGCAGUUAUCCUUCUGUUCUGACAUUGAAAUACCCCAGUUUUUCUGUGAUCUCAAAGAGGUUGUCCAAGUUGCCUGCUCUGACACCUUUGCUAAUGACUUGGUGAUGUAUUUAGUAUCUGUGUUCCUGGCUGGGGGUCCUUUGGCUGGAAUCUUUUACUCUUACACUAAAAUACUCUCUUCCAUUCAUAGAAUCUCAUCUGCUCAGGGAAAGUAUAAAGCACUUUCCACUUGUGCAUCUCACCUCUCUGUGGUCUCCUUAUUUUAUUGUUCAGCCAUCGGUGUGUACCUGAGCUCUGCUGGUGCCCACAGCUCACACUCCAGUGCAAUAGCCUCGGUGAUGUACACAGUGGUCACCCCCAUGCUGAACCCCUUCAUCUACAGUCUCAGGAACAAAGACCUCAAGAGGGCUCUGAAAAUUCUGUUUGGGUCUGAAACCAAAAGAGGCUUGGAGUCAUAG